AUGUCCAGCGGUCGAGAGCUCGCCGCUCGCGCCGCGACACGCUUCGUUACCAAUAAAUGGGCGCCGGCGUGUAUGGAAGAGCGAAACUCAGGACCGCGGCCGCGGCCCGCCCCGCGCCCCCCAGCGCUGACAAGUACCGAAGUCAUUUCGGCGUUCGACCGCAGCUUCCUGCCUCCUACGCUGAUGAGUCAUUUGUUGAUGCGCACCGAUUACGUCCAGCCUUUUCGGCGGUCCUCUACGCGCCGAAUUGUGAGACUGUACCAAGCGUCGUGUGAUCUCAUAAUUCGCAACGUCGAUCUCCGUCAUGUGAAACUGGAAGGCGUCGCGUGUCAACAAAUCGGUCCCACGCGACUCACUCACUCAUCAGUGAUCAGUCAUCAUUCACUCAACGCUGACCGAACUAUCGCCGGUGAAUGGGAGCGGGGGGGCGGUGUAAUUCGCAAAUUACGGGGCGACGCCGAUUUCGGCGCUAAUGAACGCCCGAGGUUUCAUCGGGCCCCCGCGCGAUUUGGCAUUCACGCGGUGUCGGACAAUUCAACGGUGGACCCUCCCGAGGGAGCGGCGCGAUACCCGGAGCACGCUUGCCGA